GAUGACAUAUGAUUUGUAUUUGAUUUAAAAGACGUCAAAAUCCAAGAAAAACGUAUAUUGAUUUCCUGUUCUAUUGGCACUAGCUACUCAAAGGUUUUAAAUGUCUGGUGCUAAUCCUUUUGCUGCGUUGUUUCAAAGAACUAGCGAAGAUAAUUCGGUAGAAGAUAAAUCCAACGAAACAGGCGAACCGCCUUUGAAUGAUAUUCUAGAAGACAUUUUUAGUUUUACAUUAAAUCCCAAUCACUCUGAAGCGCGAGAGUUAUUUUACUUAGAAGAUGUUAGCCAAGCGCAAGAUUCUAAAGAGUUAAAUGUGGAGCUACUUAACCAUGCCUUAUUUGAUAGAUUAUUCAUGUGUCAGAAAGAUAAUAUAAACAUUAUUCAGCAUGUAAGGAAGGGUUUCAGGAAUGGACAUGCUACAGAAUAUAGACCAGUGUAUUACCUUUAUAAAGCCUACAUUAAGUUGCAUGACAACAAUUAUUUAAAGUCUGAAUACAAACUGGAUGUUAAAGACAAGAUAAUUCAAAAUGUUGCCAUAACAAUUAUACAACCAGAAAUUUACUCUGACCAGGAUAUUGAUGCACAAAUGUUGGAAAUUUUGAAAAAAGGGGGACCCCAUUAUGAUACUUUUUUUGUUGAGGCUGCUAGAAGGAUUAUUGAUGAAGAAAAUAGUGAUGACAUUAUUUUAAGAUCUUUUAUCGAGUCAAUGAAUAAAAAGAUUACCGUGGAGAUCAAUAAGAUGUCAUUAGUUAAUGUUGAUUUUCGAAUCUUCAAUUAUCUUUCUGUUUUUACCGCAAAUGAAUUCUUGGCAUCAUUUUUUAUUGAUGCUUGUGGUCCAAACAGAAUCCACAUUGGAUCUGAUUAUGCGAACACUGCUAUUGGAUCAUUGUUCAGUUUAUCUGUAUUACCAAAGACACCUAAUGGAGUCUUUGAGCAUUUUACUGACCCUACCGAUCAGCAACAAGCGUUUCUUGGAAAUUCUCGAGCGGAGGGACUUCUAUGGACCAGUGUUGACAAGCUUAAUGAACACAUCCAUUCAUUUCUGCUCGUUCUAUUGAAAUGCAGUCCCAAAGUUAAAAAUUCAACUUUGAGUUGGUUAGGUUUAUGCUUGAAAGCUAACGUCGACCGAGGGAAACUUUGGAAUUCCCAAGCACCCCCCGAACUGAACCCUGCCAACUAUACCACUGUGUCCGAUGGAUUUAUGUUGAACUUUUGUUCCAUCAUGUUGAGGUUAUGUCGGCCGUUUUGCAACAACCUUAAGGACAAGAAAAUUUUAAAGGUCGAUCCGACUUACCCUGCGGUUGCGAAUGAUAAGGCCGAAUCCAAAGGUGUGCAUAUGCACGAUUUAUCUUCGGAAACGUGUUUUAUUCCAGUGGCGUCGACGGAUGAGUUGGAGGAAGAGAGAUUAACUUCCAGCCAGUAUAGUUUUAUAACUGAAUGCUUUUUUAUGUCUCAUAAGGCCCUAGACUUAGGUUUCAGGGUCGGGGUUGACAGGAUUAUGAAACUAAGCCAUGAAAUUGCUAGAAUGGAAAGGGUAUACAGAGAUGCGCUUAUGCAGUCUGGGGCUGAGAACGCGAUGCCAAUUGGGGACAGACUAAAGGCGGAACUUACAAAACUUUUAUCAUUGAAAUGUGUACUGUCGGAACCUAUACUGCUGAAAGAUAUGUUUGAUUUUUUGUCGGCCACCACUUACUGGUUAACACAGGUCGCAAUAAGGAACGAUUUAGACGAAGGCCCCAGCUAUGCUCCCUUAAAAGAAUUGAAAGUUACAUUCCCGUUGUCGAAUAAAAUUCCGGAUACACUCAAAUGCAUUCCAGAAUUCCUAAUUGAGAAUAUAGUAUCGUAUCUAGUGUUUUUGCGUCGCUACAGUCCGAAAACCUUCGAGGAAAAUGGUUAUGAAAAACUCGAUCCGGUUUUGACGUUCAUAUUGAUAUACAUGGGUUCGCAACAGCACAUGAAAAACCCCCACGUUAGGGCUCGUCUAGCCGAAGGGCUGGAGUCGUUGUUGCCCUUUCACAAAGACGAACCGCCUGGUAACAAUUUGGGGGGCUACCAAAGGGAGAUGCUGUUCAAACGGCACCCCCACAGGUCGCAGAUCGUUAAAAAUCUGAUGAGCGUGUUCGUCGGUAUCGAAAUGACAGGCCAGAGCGUCGAGUUCGAGCAGAAAUUCAACUAUCGGAGGCCCAUGUAUACUAUUUUUGAAUAUUUAUGGGAGAUCCCGGAACACUGCCAGUGUUUUACAACAUUGGCCGAAGAAGCUGAGCAGAACAUGGAAGCGGUCAAUCCGCCGCUCUUUUUAAGAUUCGCGAAUUUAUUGAUAAACGACGCCAUUUUCCUGCUGGACGAGGCGUUAGCGAACAUGGCCAAGUUGAAGGAAAUGCAACAAGCUCAUGAUAACGGAGAAUGGAACCAGCUUAGUCCGCAAGAAAGGUCGCAGAACAUCGGAUACAUGCACCACGUGGGUAAUCUGGCGCGUUUCGACAACAUUCUGGGCAAAGAUACGACGACGACGCUCGAGAAACUCACGUCCAAGAUCACCAUCGUGUUCACCCACUCGACGAUGGUGGAUAGAAUUGCCGCGAUGCUCAACUACUUCCUGCUGAAUCUUGUCGGGCCGAAUAAGAAGAAUUUUAAGGUUAAAGAUUCAAAAGAGUAUAGCUUUGAUCCGGCCGGCACGGUGAUGGACAUUUGCAAGAUAUACGUCAACUUAAAGGGAAGCGACGCUUUCUGCUUAGCAGUGUCUCAAGAUGGCCGCUCUUACAGCCCGAAUCUAUUCAGCCUCGCCGAGGAUGUACUGAUUCGAAUCGGUGGAGGACUGUUAAUAGGAGAACUAAAAGAAGUGGCCGACAAGGUUGCGGAAAAAGCCAAGGAGUAUAAGGCCAGCGAGGAAGCGAUGAUGGAGGCUCCAGAUCAUUUCCUAGAUCCCAUAAUGUCCACUCUGAUGACCGAUCCCGUUACUCUGCCCAGUUCCAAGCAGGUUGUUGAUAGAACCACUAUUGCGAGGCAUCUUUUGAGCGAUCAGACAGAUCCGUUUAACCGUUCCCCUUUAACCUUAGACCAAGUUAUCCCGAACGUCGAAUUGAGAGACGAAAUACGGAACUGGAUCACGGAAAGGAAAAAUAAAAUCAACAAGUAAUUUGUUCAAUAAUUGUAGUUUAUGUAAGUGGUGUCUAGGGGAUGCAAAAGUUUGCGCUCAUAGUUAAGCGCGAGAACGUCUUUUUUGUAUUUUUUUGAUAAAAUCUAAUAUUUUGUAUGUUUUAUUGGCUUUGAAAUUGUUAUUAUUCUUAAAUAAGUUGGGAGAAAGGUUUCUUUAACUUGACACUCAACAUAAAUCUACAAACGUUUUCACUCACUGCGCACGCUUGUUGUUUACAAUAUCAUAGGUGCCGAUAUUUAGAUGCCAUCUUUUCCUUAUUUUGAAUGAUCUAAUGAGGUAAGCUUGAGGAGGAGUAUGAGAACGCGAGAGAGCGACAGUUGUUCAGUUGGUUGUUUUUUUUUUCAAAUAACUUCUAUUUUUUAUGUAAUAAUCCAAUAUAUAUGGCGCACUAUUCACUUACAUUUGUGGGAAGGUCACCAUUUUUCGAACAAGUGUCAAAUAUCCAAUCAUUGACACAUAAAAAUUUGGAUAUAUCUAUUUCUUGUCACCAUUUUGGUAUAGAAGUUAAGUUACUCUUAAUUAUUUUAUUUAUUAUUGUAAACCAAAUGUUUUCAAGCCCUGUCAAAAUUUAGAUGCUUCCCAGCAUAUGCCAUUGCAUAUAUUUGGAAAUAUACAUAUAUACGUAUAUAUACAUAUAUGUAUAUAUACAUUUAUUAACACUUGCGGGAAAAAAGUUCAACCAAAAUAUGCACCUGUUGAUAUAAAUUGGCGCGAAAGGUGCUGUCAAAGUUAAAAUCGUAUACUGGGUAAUAGAUGGCAACAGUUGUCUUAUAGGCGCGUUUCGUUGAUUAUAUUCAAGGUAGAUUUAUUGAAUAUUCAUUGCAAAUCAAUUGUCAAAUAACUUUCAAAGUUUUAAAUAGCUUUAGAAUUAUUUGAAAAAAAAAUUAUCCACACAAACACUUUCUUGGAUUUCCUGCGAAAUUUUCAGUUCAUUCAACCCCCUAGUUUUGUCUUGUGAUACGCAGUUCCUUAUUUUGAACCAUCCGCAUGAAGUGGAAUAUGAUUGCGCGGGAUUUCAAUGUUUUUGAAGGGAGUAAAAGUCAACCCCUUUAACGCAAAAAUUAUUGAAGAACGGAUGUAAAGGGUGUUUGGUUAUAGUUUGACACCACAUUAACACAUCUGAACCUCCACAAUCUAAACUAAAUGCUAAACAAAUAAACAGGAAAUACUUUUUCUUUAUUUUCAAAUAUUCAUUUGCUUUGGGAUGUACAAACACAUGAGGUGAAGAGCUGAAGCAAAUCACCCAAGAUGUCACGGUAAUCAUGGUACAAAUGAUAAAUAGUUGAUGAUGGCAGCGGCGUUUUCUUUGCUGGUUUGUAGUCUACAAAACUACAAAACUCAUCCACAUGCAGCGUAACCGUCAGGUAAGAAUGGGGCGAAAUGACAAGAUGGACUUUAUGGAAAGCAGGAUUUUCUGCUUUACUGCAAUGUCUGAGAGGUCAAGUUAACAAAGGUGAACAAAAAUAUUAAUUUGAAAUUCCUGGCUUCAAGACGAAAAAUUUUUGCACCCAUUAGAUGAGAAGUCCCAUUUGUGAUUCAAAGUACCUAUAAAACGUGUAAUUGAUGGAUUCCAGUUUUUAAAACAUUAAAUGUUUUAAAUGUUUGUUUCACGUGAUAAAUUUUGUAUUAUAUAUUUAUGAUGGUUCCAGUCUUGUAUGUGAUCAUGUGCACAAUAUAUUAAUGAUUAUAGUUGUUUCA